GAUGGAAUUCAAACCCUGCCUGCUGCCUGCAUACCGCACAGCCUUCCCCGGCCCCCCAUACAGAGCAAAAAGUAAACCUAAUCAAUUCAAUCCCCUUCUCUUCUCUCUUCCUCUUCUUUCAGUUCAUCUUCUUCCUGUGCUCCUUACCUGUCUGAGGAGUACCUACUACUCGUACUCCUGCAAUUGCAAAUUUGCAAUGCCUCCUUUAACCAACAAUAAUGAUAAAUAAUACUCCAGUACUAAUCAAUAAUAAUAUCUGCCCGGGGCCUUUCUUUUCUCUCUCUUUCCAGCUUUUUCCUGUAGAUUGCAACAGAAGUUACACCGCUUUGGAUCCCCAUCUCCCCCUUACGCUCUCUCAUUUCUUCUCUCUCUUUUCCUCUUAUACAUUUUAUUAUUACCUUUUUGUUUUUUCAACUCUUUUGUUAGGUCACAAGCAAGAAACCAGUCAUUUACUCCUCUCAAGUCUCAUCAUCCCCUGUGCCCUUUUUAUACCCGCCCCAACCCUCCCUUCAUAUUCAACUUGCCACAAUUUCAAGCCCUUUUGAGUGCUUGGACAAGUCAAUUUUGCCUCUUUUCUUGCUAGCUAUUACCACUAGUAGUCUUCUACCAAUGGAUGAGUACUACUUCAACGGGAGGAGGGGUCACGUCCCGGCAUUUGGAAGCUGGGAUUGCAAUGACGAUCUUCCGUUCACCCAGUGCUUCGAGACAGCAAGGCAGACUGGGUUGUUUCGCUAUAGCUACUCUGAAGAUCGUGAUUUGUACGUUGCUGGUGAUUUGUACGAGAAUGAUGUUGUCGCUCCUGCCAUGAUUGUGGUUCCUCGUCGCAGGCAGGUAAAAUCAACAAGUUACCAGCGGCAGGGGAAAGAAGCAAAAGGUGGGGAAGCUUGGGUGGUGUGCGACUGUGAAUGUGGGGUCAACGUCAAAGAGCCACCAAGCCCACUGCCACCUUCUCCUCCCCCUCCUGCUCCUAAAGCCGUGGAUGAAGACCUCUACAAGAUUUCGCCGGAGCUCCUCCGAGCACAGCCCCGAAAGAAGAGGGGCUGGGGGUUCUUUUCAAUCUGCAUGCAACCACCCAGCUGCGUCCGUUGAAUUCGCUGCAGAAGAAGCUCAUCAUCAUCCUCAUCAGUACCGCGGCAUUGCGUACAUUUAUAUAUAUAUAUAUAUAUAAAGGGGGAAAAAAAGGGGGGAAGGAGUCUUCUUCUUAUUAUGAGUGCUCCUAUGGUAUGGUCGGGGAUGGAUGGAAUCAAUCGUGGAAGGAAGGUUGUCAUUAUCAAACAUCAUCAUAUGAUCGAUCAUAUGAUAAAUUGAUAACCAUUCUUCUUACCAACGGUUUAUCCCUGCUGCUGGGCCUGCGAGCAUCGCUCCUUCCCUACCUUAUCUUUUUGGAACCACGCCCUUUCUCUCUCUCUCUUUUGUUGUAUUGUAGGAAGACCCCUACUCUGUUCUGUUCUGUUCUGUUCUGCCCUUCUCCGCCCUCUAUGCUUGUAGUUGUAUAUUGGUACUGUUUUCCAGAUCUUCAAAAGCUGGGAAAUUACUCUUCUAUUGGAAAUGGUGAUCGAUCAGAAAGCUUCCGUGGAAA